AUGGAAGACGGAGAACCUUCGAAUACAGGCAUGGAAGAUGGAGAAGCUUCAAAUAACCUUUCGGAAAAACUACCAAAAAGGGUCCUCGGCGAUGGUUGCUACCCCGUUGGUGCUCAGUUAAACAUAUAUUCAAAGGCCAAUGUCAUUGGCCUCCUUGUUGAGGCGUUAAAGGGUACUGAAGAUCUUGAGAAGCUACUUCAUUCCCAGUUUGGGAAGUUAUUCCAUCUACCUGUUGCAAGAUGUUGCAACAGCGCCAAACUACCUCUGAGAUAUUCGAUACGGGAGUUUAAGGAAAUCACUGGAUUGAAUUGCCAUCCCGAACCUGAUAGCACAGAAGAAGAAGAAGAAGAAGAUGUCGGAAAGACAGGAAUCUGGAAAGACCUGUUUGGAAGAGCGAGCGCUAUGAACGUUUUUGAUGUGCUAGAAAUGCUAAAGGACCCAGAUCUACCCCGAUGGAAACGGCUUCCAUUGGCCCUCACCGAGAAAUACGUUGAGAUGUUGACAGACUUGGAUAGGUUCAUGCUGUAUCCAUGGGGGAGGGUAUCCUUUAACAAAACAGUAUCUCGUUUUCAAGCUCCGAAGGCAAUCACGGAUGCCGAGAAAAGGGAGAAUCCUUUAACACGAUUGCGCCGUCAACUUAAACAGAAAACCAGUGCAUGCUAUGGCUUCCCUCUAUCACUACAACUCAUGGCCCUCCAAUCUAUACCAAUGUUGGUUUCCAAAAUUCCUCAACCUGAUAACUUGAAGACUUUCGUUGAAGAUCCCGAAGGAUGUCAAAACGUUAUCACACUAUUGCAUCUUGGGGACAUACUUGCCGUGGAAUCCGACCCUCUCUUGUCUGUGAAACAGAUGGUAGUGGAUGAUGGUGACAAUGACCAACAGAAUGAAUUGCGUUGGGGAGAUGAGGUAGAGGAUGCCAAAGUUUCAUUCAUGCAGGAACUCAUGGCCGAGGAGUACAAAUUCACACCUUCGGAUUUUGCAGUGGCAUCGACACCUAUCGUGGAUCUUAGUGAUGCAGAGGACGAGGUUACCAAUGAACAGGAACCUGAGCCAUCCACCCGACCGAAGAAGAAACUGAAAACUCAUCAAACUGAAAAACGUAAGAUGCAGAGGAAGAGAGGCAGGGGCAAGAACUCUUCUAAUCUAUCGGAAGAUGAAACCCCUCAAAGUGGACAGAUUGAAGAUCUUAAAAGACGGAUAGUAAGUCAGACUAAUUUGCUCCUUCGUAAGAUUAAGACAGAGUUGGACAAGAGAUUGGGCGUAUACCAACAGGACGAAGAAGAUAACGAUGUACACCAGUCAAAAGAAGAUGGGGAACAGGAUGACAAAGGACAGAAUCCAAAAAAAGGUGGUCAAAAACCGGAUGAAGAUGAAGACGAAGCCAAAGAUGGAGGUGAAGAAGGAGGUUAUGAUAGUGCACAGUCUAGCGUACGCCAUGAUGAUGGUGUACACCCCCAAGAUGGUACUCCAGAAGCUCCGACGAAGACCCCUGAACCUGAACAAGCCAAUUCAGGAACAACUCGUCCACGUUCUUACUUUGUCAAUCGGGAUGAAGAUCCACCUUUUGGACUCAACGAGGUGGAUGGUGGUAGAACAAAUUUGGUGUCAGGCACCUUAGUAGUCUACAAACCUCAGACUCCUCACCCAUUGAGCUACGCAUAUAAGAAAAAUGAAGCGCAGACAGAUGCACUGGAUGCACAGGCUGUGGCUAAUGAGGAGGACUCAAAUGUGGAGAAAGAUUACCAUACUGCACCUGAGGAUGCAAGUGAUGCUUCGCAGAAGACCCCUUAUCAAAAGCUCCGUACAAACCACUCGAAAAAGACCACUUCAAGCGACUUUUGCAUUGUCACUGGUCAUACUGUGAACAAUCAAUUCUUCCUACAAAUUGCGAAGCCUACUGAGUGGGUUAACACGAUGCACAUGCAAGUCAUAAUGGCCAUGCUUUGGAGAUGUAGAGGUGAAAUAUACUUGAAAGACAAGGUAGCAUUUGUAGACACCUUGUUCAUAUCCAUCAUCGGCAACUACUACAACGAUUUCAUAUCUGGAGGAAAAAAUCAGUAUGACUGGGGGAAAACCAUUCAGGGCAUUGUAUUGGGAAAACCUGCAAAGUGGGCUAAUCAACGUCAGAGGCAAAUGUUUCUACGGUUUGUGGACGUUGUAUACGUCCCGAUGAACUGGGGGUCUGAGCAUUGGGUGGGCCUUGUAAUUGACUUUAAAAUGGGCAACAUAAAGAUUUUGGACUCAUUCAUCAGUCAUAAUGAUGAAGCGGCUAUGGAGCAGUAUAUGGUUAAGGGAGAAAUAGCCAUGGACUCAUACGAAGAGUUUGUUGGGAAUCCGGCUGUUGCCAACGCUUAA